AUGGGACCGAAGCCUCGCCUGCCGCCUGCUGCCUUCGCGCGGCGAGAGGAUGCUUACUCCGACGAUGAGUGCUGUGACGAUGCCUGCAAAAGCCGUGGCUGCCUCCAAACCCUGGCUGCUGCACAUACAGCCGGAGGCUUGCUUCCAAUGGCGAUGAUCAUCGAGAUGUUUGAGGAGCAAACACGCAGAACACCUUCGUUCAGCUGGACCUCCCUUGCCCUGCCGGCGGCCAGCUUUAGCGUCCUUCCAUCCCUCGGAGUGCUCCUAUCCAAGGCAGCCAGCAGUGAGGGCUGCGGACCACUGCGGCGUUUGGCUGCUGCAGCCUUCGUAAUGGCGCUCUCUGUGGCAACUCUUCUGCCGACGGUCGGAUCUCCCGGCGAUGAUGCUGCUCUGGUGCAAAACUCAGUGUUGCUGGCAGCCGUGGCGUUGGGCUUUGCCGGUGCAGCCGUGCAGUUGGUUCUGCUGUUUUGCUGCACCGAGGUUGCCGUGAGCUCUGCGCGCCUUUGCCGUGCCCUGGCAGUUGCUGCCCUCAUCCGGAGCUUUGGCGAAUUCCUGGGUCAAGCUGUAGCCUCCGAGUCUUGGGGCCUGAAUGGCUACUUCUCAUCCUUUGCAUCUGACAGCUGUCCUACUGGUCCCUGCAUGACUUUUCGAGUGAGCAUGUUGCUGGCAGUGCCAUUGCUGCUGCUGGGCCUGUGCCUCUCCUUGCGACUUCGAGGCGAAAAGAGGCGCUGGCGCCUGAAGCCAGGGAAGACAGCCAAGGAGAGCUCGGAAGCUAAAGAAGCUUCACCCCACGCAACGGAGACGAAGGAAGCUCAGCACGACAACCUAGUGGAAGAAUUCCUGCAGGAUCCAGGCGCUGUGGCUGCGCUCCUGGCACUGUUGCUGUGUGGCGUGGCCAAUGAAGCCUUGUCUCAGCAGCAGGAGAUCUUCCAAGCCUUGUUAGGGCUACCGCGAAGGGACCUGGCUUCCGCGCGUCUGGCCGGAUCGCUGCUCUCAGCACUGGCUGUGGUUCGCCUGGUGCGCUGCCUGGGCGCCUUCGGGACCUGGUUGAUGGGAGCCAUGCUCCAGUCAGCACUGCUGCUGAUCUCCGCCGGGAUGCAAGAUGCAGGUGCAGCGUCGAAGCUCAUGUGGAUUGUCGCGGCGGGUUGCUCUCCCAUUUUGCUCCUCACCGUGCCGUACGUGGUCGUUCUGCGCCGAUCGCGGCUGCGAGGAUCUGCGGGGCCUCUGGUUUUGGCUUUGGCGGGUGCUGUGGCACAGGCAGCGAGAGUUCUCUGGCGUGGACCAGGCCAUGAGCUCCAAUUACGCUUAGGCGUGGAGCCUGUGAUUUUGGGCCUUGGUGGCGUAGCAGGUAUUUGGGCCGCCGUCCUCUGCAGCCAAGCCAUCGCCUGUGAUCGUGACGGGGCUUCUCGGGUGAUCGAAUGCGCGCCGACACCAUCGGCGUAG